CACAAAAAGGGGCAGAGGGAACGCCACUGUCUCUUCUCUCUGCUCUCAUCAUCUCAUGUCGAUGUCGUCCUCUCAAAAACACGAGUCAGUCGUCUGUCAGCGACUCACACUAAAACAUCAUUCCAAAAGUUCCACAUCUGCCAUCUCUCUCUCUCCUCCCUCUGCAAAUCUCAAAUGCGUGGUUAGUGAUGUCAUUUGAAUCACAUUUGGAGGGCCAAGUCCCAAGGGCAUUGGAGUAGUGGAGCCUGCCUGGGCAGACGGAGGGAAGAAGAUGGGAUCGGGCGGCAGCAAAGCGACGACGUCGUCGGCAUUGCCUUCUUCGACGUCGUCGUUUGGUGGAAAUGGCCGGAACCGGAGGCGUCGAUCCAAAUCCAAAUGCCGCCGACUAUUCAAGUCGUCAUCUUGUCUGCGACUUAGAACCAAAUCUCGAUCUCACGACUGCGACAAUGAACACCAGGUUUGUGAUCAUCGGAACAAAGAAAUCAGGAAUAAUGCUCCAUGUGCAAGCCUGAAUGACACAGAGCCAGAUCAUGCAAACAUUGAAUGUUUCAGAAAGGUUAAAGUUGAACAACCUGAUGAAAUGCCUUGUAUAACUCCAAAUGUUGAGCUGAAUGAAUGGGCUCAGGCUAGUAUCACUGAUACUGCUUCCAUAACUGCUAGCAGCUCUGCCCAACCUUCUGCUACUCCAACUUUGAACACUUCAAGUCGUUUCCUUUCUCGCUUUAGCUUCAUUCCAGGUAAUGUAAGCUUUAGGUUGAGCCGAGCAACAAGUGUAGGGUCAUCCAGGUCUUAUCCUCUAUCUUCGACAAGUCUCACAAUACUGAACAAUGAGGAUGAGCUUCAUCUACAUGCAAGGCCUGCUAGCAGUUUGAUAGAUACAGAUGAAAGCCAACAAGCCAAUGGCUUUCUUCCAGAAUCAAGGGUUAAUAGGAUGCCAACACAUAUUUAUAACCACACUUCUGGCAGUGUACAAUUAAAUACUCCGGGAUCUGUUUUUUCAGACCACUUGCAAGAUAACCAAACAAAUUCCUCUAGACGUGCUGUUGGUAGAAAUGCUAACAGUGCAAUAAUGGGGGUUGGUGUAAACUUGUGUUCUACUAGAAUUCAUAAUGAAAUAGGGAGCAACAGAACAAGACCUUCUGAUAGGCGUUCAGGAGCUCGGGAACCUGUUGAACGGAAUGUUCGUUUCAGCAGAACCUUAAGUGUUGGAAGACUUCGUGACAGGGUACUUCGUCGAUCAUCAUUAUCUGAUUUAACGUUUUCUUCUUUGCAACAAGAAGUGAGGGAUACAAAUCAGAGGGAUGAUACACGGAGUUUGGAACCUGAAGGUAAUGUUGUAAACUCCGAAAAUGGGUCUGGUUAUUCUCCUUCUAAUAUGUCUAGUUCAUUGUUUGGCAUUCAAGACUAUGGAGUGGAAACAUCAAGACCAAGAGAAGCUAGGUAUCAUGAUCUACUUGAACACAGAUCAAAUUUCCUAGAGCGGAGGAGAAGAAUACGAUCUCAGGUUCGUGCACUUCAGCGGUUGGGGAGCCGCUUCGAAAACAUGUCUGGACAUGAGAGGUCUUGUAUCUUAUCUGGUCAACAGAGAACAGGUCGUUGUACAUGUCGUACGAGUAAUCGAGAUGCCCGUCCAAAUGAUGACAACAGUGCUAGGGCUAGCAUAUCAAGAAUAGUUAUGUUAGCUGAGGCUUUGUUUGAGGUUCUGGAUGAAAUUCACCAGCAAUCCGUGGUUUUAUCUUCCCGGCCUUCUGUAUCUUCAAUUGGAUCUGUUCCUGCUCCGAAUGAAGUUGUAGAAUCUUUGCCUGUCAAAUUGUUUUCGAAGUUGCAAAAAGAUCAGUAUGAGGAGGCUGCACAAUGCUACAUAUGCCUUGUGGAGUAUGAAGAAGGAGACAGAAUGAGAAUACUGCCUUGCCAUCAUGAGUUUCAUAAAACUUGUAUUGACAAGUGGCUCAAGGAGAUUCACAGGGUAUGCCCACUCUGUCGCAGGGAUAUCUGUAGAUCUGAUGCAUCGCCUGCAGAGAACUGAGACGGUGAUUUUUAACUCUUCUUCUGAAGGCCUAUGGAGAAACAAAUACGGAGCAAAGCUUUUUCGAGGCAACGAUAAGAAAUGUUUGUAUCAUCUUUUAGGAAGUUCAGUCCUUUUAUGCGUGUAUCAUCAUGGCUGCCCCGCCAUUGAUUGCUCUCAUUGCAAAAUGUUAAAUAUGUUAAACGUUACUAGAAAUGGACUGAACUACGUGCAAUCAGCAUCACCUCCAGCAAGAGGGAAACGGAGGAAAGGAGAGCCCCCAUUGUUGUAUCCCAAAUUCUGUGCAUACUGGAUGUUUCCUGAGUUUGUUAACGGUUGAUUUUAGUAGAAAUGUGUCAUGUUCAUGUUCAGUUUA